CUGACACAUAACAAUUCAUGAUGCAAUGAAUGAAACUGCUUCGAAAGUAUGAAACACAAUAUAGGCCACAGUUGUACUGUGGAGAAGCAAACUUCUGGCAGCUUCCUACCGCCUCUUCCGAAGGAAGCUAAUUGCUUUCAGCGCUGCAUACGGGCAUAUAAAAAAUUCAUCCAGGUUUCAAUAAAAGAUCCUUUGACCCAGGAAUAUUUCAGGAGCACUACAGGAUUUCUGAACGAAAGAAAGAGGCAUGCCCAGUCUAAAUAUAGUUAUAUUAUUCAUCCUUUCAGUGAUUUCGCAUUCUGCCGUUCAACUAUUCUGUUCAUUGCCCUAGGCUUUGCAUACAUUUGUGCUCCCCUUGUAGCAUCAUUCAUUCCAAAUGGAGUGUGCUAUGUCAAAUGGAUUUAUACAUUGGAAUUAAUGUCAACUGUCGUCUUCCUGUUUGACAUAUUUGUUAAAUUCUUUAUCGGAAUAGAAAAUAAAGAAACCAGACAGAUCAUCUUGGACCACAAGAGAGUAGCAAGGAGAUACGUAGCAAGCAUUGAAUUCCUUUUAGACGUACUAACUGCAUUUUCAUUUUGUACGGUCCAUCGCAUGGUUAAUCUCCAAAAACACUACUACUUAGCAUUGUUCAGAUUGCUAAAGAUAUUCAAACUUUUUAGUUUCCUUAAGUAUUGGACGCUCGUUGCACAAAGGUGGAAUUUUUCUGCUGUGGCAACAGAGCUUGUGAAAUACUUUGCCAUGACAAUGAUUUUGAUACACUGGACCACAUGCCUUUUUUAUUAUGUAACCAUCAGUUAUAUCCUCAUAGGAGAAGAGAUAGAAGAAGAGGAUUAUGACACCCAUUUUGUUCUUGAAGGCAAUAUAACAGCUCUCUACUUCGCGUGUCUCUACGAAACAAUGGGAAUAUUAUACUGUGCAAGAAGUAGUUGGAGCGAGAAUUCUUCUUUGCCAGUAAUAGCAAUGAUCACCUCCAGCUUUGUACUUGGAAGAGUUUAUAUGUUGGUUGUGAAGGUGUCCACACUGAACCAAGUCUUCAACCAAUGGUCGCUCGAAACUAAAUACUUGGGAAUAACAGAUCAAUUGAAAGAAUUCAUGCGAUACAAGAAGCUGCCGCUGAACCUCAGGCAAAGGAUGCAACAUUAUUUCGAAUAUAAAUUUCAAUAUAGAUAUUUCCGCGAGAAUCUCAUCACAUCUAUUUUAUCAGAUAAGCUGAAACGCGAGAUUAAUAUACAGGUCUGCAAGAGACUCGUACAGCAAGCUGCUUUCCUAGCUGACCUUCCAACGAAAGUGCUGGGCGAUGUUUUGACCCAUCUAAAAUCCGAAGUAUUCUUACCUAACGAUGUGAUAAUCAGAGCUGGGGCACCAGGAGAUUGCAUGUAUUUUCUGUCUAGUGGCACUGUUUUGGUGACUACACCAUCUGGCAAAGAGGUGUGCCAUCUCCAAGACGGAGCUUAUUUCGGUGAAAUUGCGCUGCUAUCCAAGGAAACGAAACGAACAGCCAACGUUAUAGCGUUGGAAAUAUGCGAGACGUACAGGUUGGACAAGAAGGUGUUCAAAAUGAGUAUUAAGAAAUAUCCGGAUUGUGUGAAAGUGAUACAGGCCUUGGCGGAGAUCAGACAUCAGGAGACGAAUGCCCUGGAAGAAAUGCACAAAGAGGAAUUGUUCCAUAAAACUUACAUUGGGGAAAAUGAAACUCUAGAAGGUUCCCUGAAGAUUCCUAGGCGAUAUCGAUCUGAAUCGUCAUGAGCGAAAAAUCGGACAUGGAUCAUUUGGUAGUGGAUAAAACCAAAUAUUCAUUCUUGUUA